UAAACAAAUAAUUAUUCGUGCUGUGCCGCUUUGAAUGUGAAACCUUGUGAAAGUAGUAAAUAUUCACACGCCAGAGUCGCUGUUGGUUAUACAGGGAAGCGCAAACUGGAAAGGACAACGAAAACAAGGAAAUACACGAAACAAAGAGAGGAAGCUAAAGGAUUUCUUCACGUAAUUUCUCUGGAUCAGGCUCUUUGGGUGUAACUUUCGCCUCAGACCGGUAGUGGAGUCAAGCGACGGGGCCUCGGGAAACGAUGACUGGUGAGGAAUGAACACAACUUUACACGCCACGGACGUUACCUCAGGAAAACACGCGCUUCUCUUGCGCAGCUGAUGAGGUAAAAGUUGGAAUUUUGCCCCCUGCACGCGCUGUAUUAUCCGGAAUAAUGGUUAUGGAGUGUUUAAAAGUGUCGGGGUUUAAGGGAAGCUAACAGGCUAUUCAGCCACACCCUCCCGCCGCUUCCUGAUACGCAAGAUGUAGCGGGAGACUACAACCGUGUCUCGACAACUAGACUUCGUUACCGGUCUCGGAAACGUAAGAGGCUUCGCUCAAGAGCGGAAAAUGGCGAAUAAAAGCGAAACUAUCCGUCACCGGACGACCGUUGUGUUUCUGCAAAAGUGGGCGUUUGGACGAUAGAUAUGCAUACGGAUCUAAGUUUGCCCAAAGAACUUGGAUUGUGUGCGAAAAAGAAACGGUUGAAAGUCGUUUGGAAGUGUUUUGUGGACUUUAAAGGUAUCGUGGGAUGAUGGUGCAGAGGUGGCGGGACGCACGGUCGGCGCUUCGAUCGGAGGGUCGCGUGCGUUCAGUUAUACGUCCAAACACAUCAUCAUCAUUCAGGACACUUAUUCAAAUGACGCGAUUUAAGAAACAAAAGUAGAUGAAACGGAUUAUAAACGCCCAAACUAGGAGCUUUUGGAAGUCAACCUGCACUUUGCCUUUUGGGGGGCAUCCUCGUACCUAUGGCACUGCAGUAGCCGUUACAAGUGUUUUUUGCAUUGUUGGAUUGACAUUGACAUUGAAGCAACCUGUGAAACUGAUCAGACUGUAGCCUACCUUUUAAAAGGUUGUUGUGAAUUAGAUUUUUUUGUCAGUAUGCAAAGAUUAUUUAAACAUUGGGCAAUAUAGAGUUUUUCAACUGAAAGGAUAUUUAAUUAUAGCUCUCCUGAGCCUCUUUUUGCCCACAAUUGCUAAGAAUCAUCCACAUAUAUAUAUAUAUAUUUGUUUUAUUUCAUUACACAAGAAAGCCAGGCCCUUAUUCUCAUAACAAGUUUAUUGAGUGAAGUUUCAUAUUUUUUGCAAAUGUUUACUCAGAAUCAAGUGGCCCGUGUGAGGUGACGGUGGACAUUGUACAUAUUUUCUGAAGGACAUUACAGAAGACGCUAUGGCCAGUUUCAAUUCAUAGUUUCCAUAGAAGGUGUGGAUUUUUUAAACAACGAAGAAAAUGUCAUAAGUUAUGUUUUCGCACCAUAGACGUGUGUUGUAAUCUUUAUUUUGAAAAAAAAAAGAAAAUUUAGGACAUCAGUGUGACCACCCUACUAUGGCUAGUAGUGGCUCGGGAAAAUCAGAUAGCGACGUUCCUACCAACACCCUUAGUGGCAGCUUGCAACAAAGGAAAAGACUUUUAUCCAUCUGUGACGCAUGCAAAAGCAAAAUGCAGCUGGUGGCAGACCUGCUUCUGCUGUCCAGUGAGACCAGGCCGGUCGUCCAUGCCGACGGCCUGCCAGUAGCAGAGACUUUCGAGAAAUGUCGUGACACGGUGAUCGCCAGGACGAAGGAGCUGUCCAUCAUCGUCCAUGACAUUCAGAGCCAGCUUAACAUGGGGAAGUUUGUAGAAGUUGGGGACCGACUGGUGGAGAUGGGGGACCUCGUGGUCUCGCUGACGGAGUAUUCGGCACACGCUGCCUACUUGGCAGCUGUGGAGACCCCGGGCUCGCAAGCUGCCGUUCCUGGCCUGGUGGACCGCUACAAAGUCACCCGUUGCCGGCACGAAGUGGAGCAGAACUGCAGCGCCCUCCGCCUGACCUCUCUGGCUGACCUGACACCACAGCUCCUUCUGGAGGUGUCGCAGAACAUCCUGAAGAAUCUCACCACACUUACGGACGCCUCCUCCCUGGCCAGUGAUAAAUCCAAGGACAAGUUUGCCAAGGAGCAGUUCAAAGCCAGUGUCAAGUGCAUGAGCACCAGUGCCACAGCUCUCCUGGCGUGUGUGAGGGAGGUCAAGGCCUGCCCCAGCGAGCUAACCCGCAACCGCUGCGUCCUUUUCAGCGGACCCCUCGUGCAGUCGGUGUACUCCUUGGUGGGUUUUGCCACCGAGCCACAGUUCCUUGGCAAAGCAGCCACCAUCACCCCCGAGGGCAAGGGGGUGCAAACGGCUGUGCUGGGUGGAGCCAUGAGCGUCGUGUCGGCCUGCGUGCUUCUGACCCAGGGCCUCAGGGAUAUCUCUCAGCAUCCAGAGAACACCUCCCAGAUGCCCGUCUACCGGGAGCGGCUGCGGAACUCUGCUUGUGCCGUCUCGGACGGAUGCACGCUCCUGUCUCAGGCACUAAGGGAACGAUCUUCACCCAGAACUCUACCGCCAGUUAACUCUCAUUCUGUGAAUUAAAACUCAUUUAGAUACACAACACCAACCCCUCGGCACAUUAUUCGAAGUACCAAAGAAUCUAAUCAGGUUUAACCCUAUAACAGUGUGAUCCAGUUGACUAAAUGUAAAGUUUGUUAUCUAAAUUAACAUUUCACGGCAAUCAGCUAUAGUCAAGUUGAGAUCAGAGGUUUGAAGGUUGUUGUCCAUAAAGCACGGAAUAGGGGAAAGGUUUGCUAAAACUGACAACUGUUUAAAAUCUGUUUCCUCUGUUGCUUACGAAUUUGGUCAGAAGUGUUUAAAACAGAAGUCUUAGUAAAAUUAAACUGAAAAUUUACCUCAGUGUUCAGCUGAAUGGAUAUCAUUGAGAUGUGUAGAAGAGUUUGUAUUCAAUGUGUGAAUUUGCUGCUGUGAGUGUGUGGCAUAGGUUUUACACUAUUUACAAGACUUACAAUUAUAUUUUAAUGUGCUGUGUUUUUUUUCUUUGCCCCCACCCCAUGUUUUAUCAUGCAUGUACUGGAGUAUUUAUUUCAACUUAUUAAAAUGUUGUUUCUCAUA